AGGUUUUUUCUUGGUUCUUGAGGGGCCAUUUUGCUAUUCCGCAAAAAGUUAGAUCGGAACAGUCUCUACGCCGAAGUAGUUGGUCGUUGUUAGGGUUUAGUUUAGCGCCGUGCACAGAAACUGACCCACGAAAGAUGGAGGAGGAAGAUGAAAGGAGAGAAGCAGCAAUAGCAUCAGCCCCUUCUUUGCAGCCCAAUUUCAGACCAGUCGGCGUCACCCAAUCCCAGCUCACCAAAUUCCAAGAACUGCAUAGGAGGCGUUUACAUAUAAAAGCAGGAUCAAAACAUAAGAAGAGAUCGAAAGGAAUAUCUGACGAGUCUGGCAAAUCUCAUAGGAAACACCUCGAUGGCAAAGAAUUCACAGAUGAAAAUUCAAGUAAAACAAUUGACGAUUCUAGUGUUUCCAUCUCAAAAGGGAACAACAUUGGAGAUAUCUCCUCCCUGCAGCAGGACAAUGUUGCAGUGCAGGUUGCACCAAAGAAGCGCCAAAAGUUACAUUGGGGGCUUGACACAAAGGAAAGGUGGGAAAGAAAGGCGAACAUGUAGUGAUAACACCAUGUAAGCGGGAAUGCAGCUUUUCUGGGUGGGUUGUUUGCGUAAGCAAUCCCAAAUUAGUAUCUCGAGCUUAUAAAAUAUGGGUGAGCCAGACUCAGCUUCUACUAUUGCGUGGAAAAUUUUAUUUGUAUCCCAUUACCCAUAGAAAAUCAAUGUUUGUAGCACACACCCUGUACAGAAGCCCCCAGUUAGCCGUUGUAUGUUUUGGUUCAGUGGAUUAUGAAAAAACGAAAGGCAAUUAUGUAGCUCUAAAGAGAGUUUGUGGUGUAAAUGUUAAGUGAUACUAUAUUAUUUAAUUUUAUCUUUUUUCAUAGGUUUUUGUUGUGAU